AUGACCAAGAUGCUCAGAAAUCAGCAAUUUUAUCUGUCUUAUCAAUACAAUGUCAGUGGACUGAUUGGUUUGGAAAAUCGAGACACGAAUGAGAGUAUCUUCGACACAAUUGGAAUCAAUUGGAAUCUCGAGUCAAAAAUGAAUACUUUCCUUGUUUUUUUUUUGUCUCGUGCCAUGAAUGAGCACGUUUUCCGUUGUUGGAAUCUCGAAUCAUGA